CUUGUGUUAUGCACAAAGUAGAUGUCCUAAUCGACUUGCCAAAACUAUAGUUCGUUAACAAGAAAUUUAUGGAGUGGUUGAAAAACAAGUUUUAAUGACUCCAACCUAAGUGUAUGUAAACUUCUGACUUCAACUGUAAAUGAUCACCAUAAAUAACUAGCAUAGUGCUACAUAAAUGAUCACCAUAAAUAAUUAGCAUAGUGCUGCAUAAAUGAUCACCAUAAAUAAUUAGCAUAGUUCUACAUAAAUGAUCACCAUAAAUAACUAGCAUAGUGCUACAUAAAUGAUCACCAUAAAUAACUGGCAUAGUGCUACAUAAAUUACAUUAUCAUAUAUGAUCAUACUACUUUAUUUGACAACAAAUCUGUUCAUUUGUCUGGUGACAUCAAGAGUAGUCGUUCUGUAACCUACUCAUCCUACCCCGUUCCUCCAGGCCCAGUAGAUAUAAACAGGUUUACUCUCCUCCAGGCAGCCCAGCAAACAGGCUGCUUUCAUUCUCAUUAAUUAGCAGGUGAGCUAAACCUCUAAGCCAUGAAAUCAGCCUUACAGCAAUCCACCCAAAUCUCCCUCUCUCUUUCUCUCUGGGUUUGUUACAGUGAAAGCCCACAUGCCCUUGGAACUGCACACACAUGCCUAUCACGCCAUUAAGCCAGAAGCCACGCUACAGCCCUUUCUGCCACCGUCUCCAGAACACACCCCCAAGGGCCCCAUGUGUAAACACAAUGUGAGCUACAAUAUAUCGGCUACAUUUGCUACGUGCACAUACCCUGGACCAGAUCCACGACAUACGAACGUGGGCAUAUUGUAGCACGAGGCCGGCACAUGAGAGCCGUCCAGAAAAGGCGACGUGGGCGCUGACGUUAGCGUGCCAAAAUGACAUCAUCGAUGUGAGAGAGAAAAAAACCUUGGUGAUCUUGGUCACACUUUGAGCUUUAACUUCUAAAGCUUAAUGAAGGCUUCACAACUCUUUAAGCCUACACAGACGUUUCACUAAUCAUGUUUUAGUAUAUCAUAUAAUGGUGAUAUAAGGAGCCCUUACAUAGAGUAUGGUGCUUGAAAAUGUGAACUGUGAACUUGGUGGAUUUCUAUGUGGAUGGAUUUAAUAACAGUUUCCUUUAACCCAGACACUGCAAUGCAUAAACAUGCUUGUCACCAGAUUUGGUGAAUUGUCCGCCUUACGUGCCCAGACAGUGAUCCCCUCUUUGGAAUGACCACUUUGACAGAUCAGGGGAUGGGCCAAUAAGAGAGAGAGUGCAUGAAAGAGGGGGAUAAUGAAAGAGAGAGAUAGCAAGAGAAGGAGAUCAGGGAGGGUAAGAGCUUGCAGUAGAGGUGUUGAGACAAAAGGAUAGGUACUAUUCUACUAGUGAGGAGAAAGACUAGUCAGUUGACAGAGAGAGACAGGCAGAUAGAAAGCACAGAGCAAGAUAACCUCAGAUGUGUUUUUAGUGUUGGAUUCAAAGACUAUUAUCAUCAUCAAACCACUCUGGAACAAAAAACCGGUCAAGAGGAAACCAACAUCUAACCAAGAAAAUAUCUACAGUAUUCUCCACAACAGAAGACAGGAAAGAGAGCUGCUAUACUUGUAAAGACAGCACAGAGAGUAUUUCAUCGUUUUUAUUCAUCAGCCCAGUAAGUGACCAUCAUGACACAUCAGGUCAGCCGCUCUCCGUUCCUCAAGCCCUUCUACACGAGGACCCCGGUUGGUGGGGUCAUUCCGCGAACCCAGAGACGCCACACGCUCCCCGCCAGCGAGUUCAGGAACCUGACCCCACAGGACGCCAUCAGCGUGUUCGAGAUCGAGAGAGAAGCAUUCGUCUCUGUGUCUGGUGAGUGUCCACUCACUCUUGAUGAGGUGCUGAACUUCCUAAGUCAGUGUCCGGAGCUCUCUCUGGGCUGGUUUGAAGAGGGCCAGCUGGUGGCGUUCAUCAUCGGCUCAGGCUGGGGCAAAGAGAGACUGGAGCAGGAGGCCAUGACCCAGCAUAUCCCAGAAACCUCAGCAGUGCACAUCCAUGUGCUGUCUGUGCACCGCCACGCUCGCCAGCAGGGCAAAGGUUCCAUCCUGCUGUGGCGCUACCUGCAGUACCUGCGAUGUGUGCCAGGCCUCCGGAGGGCCCUGCUGGUCUGUGAGGAGUUCCUGGUGCCCUUCUACCAGAAGGCAGGCUUCAAGGAGAAAGGGCCUUCUGCCAUCAACGUGCCCAACCUCACCUUCCAGGAGAUGGAGUACCAUAUCGGCGGAGCGGCCUACGCACGGCGGAACAGCGGCUGCUAGUCACUGCCGGCCGUUACCACCACGACAUAAUCCCAUCAACCCUAGCACUGGAACUCAUCCGCCAUGUUAACAUAGACUCUGGUCAUCACAGUUGACCGUCCAGACCACACUACAGCAGAUAGACAGAUCCAAGCACCAACCUGGUCUCAGAGCAUUUCAUAAUAUUCUGCACGUAAAUUCGAGACACUCCAUUUAGUAUGAUAGGUUACAUUUGGUAUGGUUACAUAAGAUAGAUGGUUACUUAAGGAGGAUGGUUGGUCAGGAUGGGUGGGCGUAUAACACGAACAUAUUGAAAAGAUUGCGAGUUCAAAUCUCAUCACGGACAUCUUUAGCAACUUUUCAACUACUUACUACUUUUGAGCUACUUUGCAAAUACUUAGCAUGUUAGCUAACCCUUCCCCUAAGCCUAACCUUAACCCUUUAAGCUGACCUUUCACAUUUAGCUAACCUUUCACGUAACUCUAACCUUAAACCUUUUAGCUAAUCAUCCCCUAAACUUAACCCUAACCUUAACCAUUUAACCUAACUCAUAAACUUAACCCUAACCUAGCUAAUGUUAGCGAGCUAGCUAAUGUUAGCCACCUAGCUAGAAUUCACAACAUAUUACAUGUUUUGUAAAAUCCUAAUAUAUUGUAUAUUUUGCAAAUUCUGAACAUAUAAUACGAAUUGUAAUUCGUAACAUAUCAUACGAAAUGGGUGAUGGACAUCUACCAAUCAACACAUACCAUACCAAAUGUAACAUAUCAUACUAAAUGGAUUAUCCCAGCUUUACAUACAGAAUAAUAUGAAAUGCUCUGAGACCAGGUUGCAACCGCAGGUGCUCCAUGAGAGAAGGCACUGCCCCAUCAAUCUCAGCUGCAGCACCAGCAGGCUCCGAGACACCAUCUUUCAGUGCCUCACAGACAGCAUCCCGACCCCCUGCAAUAUAGAGAGGGAACAUGCACCAUCACAUGAAGGGGACAAGAAUGGGUUUUCUUAGAAAACAGCAACAGAAAGCAAAAACAUGUCUGUUAGCGAUAGAAGACCGAAUCAGAAUAUGUUUGAGAUGCAAUGUCGAGUUUCUGCAUACUUUGUGUAUACGUCAUUGAAUUAUCAAAGUUGUAAUUUUGCAGUCCCAACAUUCUUCAUUUUUAUUAUGCUUAAUUUUGAGAGUAUUUAAAUGAAAUGUUCCUUGCCACAAAUCGUACUUUGUAGUACUAUUCUUGUUUGAGGUUUUUAUUAUUACCAAUACUGUUAUUGAAAUACUAAUACUACUAUUGUUAUUGAGAUACUAAUACUACUACUGUUAUUGAGAUACUAAUACUACUAUUGUUAUUGAGAUACUAAUACUACUAUUGUUAUUGAGAUACUAAUACUACUAUUGUUAUUGAGAUACUAAUACUACAGAAAGACACGUUACACCAUGUUGUGAAGGAUCCUACAGGGGGACAGAAAGACACGUUACACCAUGAUGUGAAGGAUCCUACAGGGGGACAGAAAGACACGUUACCCCACGCAGUGAUACUAAUACUACUAUUGUUAUUGAGAUACUAAUACUACUAUUGUUAUUGAGAUACUGUUAAUGAGAUACUAUUAUUGAGUUCUCUGAGUGUGAUGUAAAUAUCAUUUUAUUUUUGUAAACCCUAUUAGUCCUCUGGUGUGUUGAACUCUUAGGCUGUUGCUUAUCUUUUCGUAUGAACACUAUGAUGUACUAAGGCAAUAAAGGGAAACGAUGCCACUGA